UGCCCGCUGCAAGCUGGCAGGGCUGGAGGAGGCCCUGCAGAAGGCCAAGCAGGACAUGGCCUGCCUGCUCAAGGAGUACCAGGAGGUCAUGAACUCCAAGCUGGGCCUGGACAUCGAGAUCGCCACCUACAGGCGCCUGCUGGAGGGCGAGGAGCAGAGGCUGUGUGAGGGCGUUGGCUCUGUCAAUGUGUGCGUCAGCAGCUCCCGAGGUGGCGUCAUCUGUGGCGAUCUUUGUGCCUCUGGUACUUCUCCUGCUGUCAACACCAGAGUCUGCAGUGCACCCUGCAGCGGCAAUGUGGUGGUAGGCAUGCCCAAUGCCUGUGCCCCCUGCGCCGGGGUCAGCGCCUGCACCAGCAGCUGUAAGAAGUGCUAGGAGGCUGCAGCUGCUGCAAGCAAUGGUUCCCCACUCCCACCCUCCAUGCAGCCAGGACCUUGAGCCACCCAAACACACCACUAUUGUCUGUCUUCCCAAGUCAGCCCCACGAUGUGCAUACUGCAAGCUAUUCCUGCCCGCUUGCCUCUAGUUGUCAAGCAUGGGCAGGGGCCUAUCUGGGUCUCUUUCCUUGACCUUUCCUAAUAGUUUGUUCUUUUGAGGAGUCAUCCUUUUCUUCUGCUGCCUGUUUUUUGCUGGAUUCAUUAGUCCUGUCUGACCAUUUCUCCCCGAACUUGAAGGCACAGGGCAGGUCCCAACAUCUGCCUGUCAGCACUUCAGGGAGUCUGCCCAUGUACUUCUGCCUGGGAACAGAGAAGGGGAGCCCGCACUGUUGCUGGUUUCCUAUAACUGUGGGAGGGAUCUGCCCCAGGAAAGGAGAGCACCUUCCUUCCAGGGGUGCCUACAGAAGCUUCUAAAAAGCCAAUGAUUCAGCUGCCUGCCUAUUUGUCUUUGUCUCUCUCCAUGUUUCCAAUAAACUCAUUGCAGCAAAUCAAA